UAUUGAAGUGCUAUAAUAAACGGUUAUUUUAUCGUAUAAUAACUCCAUAAGACGAAAAUCAAGAUGAAUGAUAAAUUUAUUAGAGAUUAAGUUGAAACAGAUAAACCAUCAAAUCUGAUUGUUUUUUUGUAUGUAUUACAUGUGUUUGUUUGUAUGCACGAUAUGCAAGUGUACUACUUGAAGUGUUAAAUAAUAAUUACAAUAUGCCGCAAAUUCCGAUACAUCGCAAAGCUAGAAGAGCCACUGUGCUCACUAAACGAACGCAAUAUUUGAAGAAGUAUCGCAAGGACCGAUCAUAUAGACCCUUGUAUGAAAAGUUAAAGAACAACAACAGCUACCUGGCUAAGGCACUUUCAGAAGAGAAGCAGAAUUGUCAGUCGUUGUUCUCGCAAAAUCUUGCUCUAAUAGCAGAAGUGCAAGACUUACGUUUAGCAUGUACAUCAAGAGAUAAUGUGAUUUCUAAUGUACUAAAUAAUGCCAAAGAAAUGCUGAAAAUGUUGGUCACUAUGUCUGGUUACAUGACAAAUACUAUUUCUAUUUGUCAAGAGUUCUCUGCUUCCAGUACUGACUUAAGACUGUCAUCUGCUUCAGCAGGAAGGAAAGAAUCUUCUAGAAGGCUAUCGACUAAAUCGCCAGCAAGGGGUGUGGUUAAGCCUAUGGUAAGCGGCCAUACUAUUACGAAACCUACAAUUAACUUGAGCCGAGUUAACAUGCAGAAUAUUAAUAAUACGGCGAGGCUGAGCGACAUACAAGAAGUAGCCACACCUGACAGGAGUCAGGAUAUGAGUGAAGCUAGAUCACCAAUCGCUGUUUCCAUACCUAUCAUACAACUGCGCAGAUAUGAAAGUGGUCACGCAUGCAGAUUGCCAGAGAGACUGGCUGUUCCUUCACCUAGAGUAAAAAAGAGUAACGAGCAGAGAAUAAGGAAGAAAAAGAGCCGUUCGAAGAGAAUGUCGGAAUCGCUCUCACGAUCGAGAUCUGGAUGGUCCGAUGAGAAUGCACGAAAUAGUGCGGAAUAUACUCAAAUGAGCAGUCUCACAGUGAAGCUUAAUGAUGUUUCCAAGUUACUGCAAAAUUCUCAAAGCAUCAACAUCAGGACGCUGCUCGAUGACAACAAGUUCGAUGACGUUGAGAUGCAAGAGAGUAGCGACGACGGGCCCCACAGUACAUCGAAUAGAGACGUAAUACCCGAAACGCAAUUGUCCAUUAAUUUAGACGAUGUGGAUGAAGAUCAUGCACAAAUACCGAGCCAUUCUCAUGCACAAACGAAAGGAAAGAACGCCGAAAAGGAUUGGAACAGGAAUUCGAACGUGUCGAAACAUUCGAAACUAUCACAGAACAAUGCCGAUUCUUGGGAAGACCCGAUGGAGGGUCCAAGCUGGUUACUAGACAACAUAGCCAUAUCGGACGACAACGCGACAGAAUUGGAUCAUUCGACGGUUGCUGACAGACGUGCAACUCAGAGCAGUUCAAAGGCAGCAAUGGCGUAUGCUGAUGAAUCGAGCGACGCAGAAGACACGGAAGACGAGUUACCAAUGCCAGCCUUGACCGACGCAGAAACUUUAAACAAAGGAUCAUUCGCCGCUAAUUGUAUCCGGGAUAAUCACUCUCCUGAUGGGGGCGCUAUGGACGAGACUUACUGCACGGUGCUUCCAACGGCAAUAGCAUUCGACCACGAGAGACAUUUCAACAACGAAGAGGACGACAAUACGACGAACCUAGCACGUUUUAUCACAAUGAGGCGCGGCAAUUCGUCGAUUACCGAGGAGACGGAUGAUUUCACGUUGAUGAUGCCGCGUCGACCGAUGCGAAAUAUGAAUUUUGAUAUCAACGAGUUGCGACUGCCCGUCUUAGAGGGCUCCGUGAUAAACCCUACUAUCGCCAACGAUAUCGAAAGCGAGGUGACCACCGCGAUACAAAGAAUAACGAACUUUCGGUUGCCGUCCAUGUCGAGUCAGAACGCGAACGAACCGGAGAUCGACUCUACCACCACGAUAAAACUGCCGUUAGUUCUAGUUGACGAUCAUGAUAGAGUUUCGACACCGGAGAAGGGUAAAGGCAAUUCGAGUCAGAAGAGUAAGAGGACAAAGUCGCCCAGCCCGAAAGAUAACGCAAAUCACAUUGAAAGUCUCGCGACGGUUAACAAGAAGACAAAGCAGAAGAAAGUGAAGAACAACAAUCACGAUCCGAGCGCGGCGAAAGUUGUAUUGGAGAAGCUCCAUGAAUCGAACGUUAAGCCGAGGACGCCAUCGCCCGACGAUACAUCUCAAAGCAAUAAUGGUUAUUCAAGCGAUGCUGUGUCCAACCAGGACGGGAACACACAAGAUUCUAAAAACAAUAGCUAUGCUUCCGAGCGACCUAGACGAAGAAGGGCAAUCAUAGAACUCAAAGAACCCAGUUUGAGAACGAAGUUGAGGCGAGAUCGCUGAGAAAAUCUAUAUGGACGACCAUGAAAAAAAAAGUGAAUAUUCCUCAUUUUAAAUAAUAUGUUACACAUAAUAUUUCCUUUUAUAUACUUUUAUUACAAUAAUACGAAUAAAUAUGCAGCAUACAUGAAUUA